GAUGCGUUUUAGGUGAUUCUUUUUCAGUUAUUUGAAGGUAAUAAUGGUUCUUGAAAAAAAAAUCUGAAACUUGAAUUGCAGAUUUUUCUUUUUUCGUUUUUGCAACAAUGGGAGCAUCAUCUUCGACGGAACAGACGGUGUCGCCUGAACAACGAGAGUUAGAAAGCCUCGCAGCUUCCACAGGAACUCUUCCUUUGCUUCGCAAAUCCUUCUCAAAGCUCUCCGAUCCUCAAACAAACACAAUUUCCAUCCAAUCCCUUCAGCAAUGUUUUUAUUUAAGUUACGAGGACCCAGUUUACGAAUCACCACAAAAGCCAGAGUCUUUUCCAAGGUUGUUGGAUCACUUAGGAACAACAAUAGUAGAUUUAUUUUUCAUGUCUGAAAAAGGAGGCAUAAACUGGUUGGGAUUUCUUAGAGGUUAUGUUAAGUCCUGUGGGAGGAUGUCUACAUCAAUGUCACUCAAUAUAUUGUUGAGAAUAUUUGCUAUGGCAUUGGAAAAAUUAGGCCUUUCUUCGAAAUUGGAGUUCGAAUCGAAUGAUGCUGAUUGUAAGAUAAAUGGGUCUUUACUACCCUCUGAUGUGCUUCUGCUUCUUUGGAUGUGUUGGUCUAUGUUGUGGAAUGUCAGGACUUGGAAAUUUUCUGAAAGGAAAGGAAAACUUUUCCUGCCUGAUAUCAAUCAUUUGGUGUUGUCUGCGGUUGUUUCGUGUGCUGAAGUUAAUAGUAGCUUGGAUCUAUGGGAUUGUGAUAUAUUAGGCUUGCAUGUUCAGCUUCCUGUUGGAAAGUUUCUUGCUUGGGCUUUAACGACGGCACCGACCCUUUCAGAUUGCUUGACUCAGUUUGUUCAUGGAAGACUUCAAAGCUCAGUUACUGCAGAGGAUGAGUCAGGAUCUUCACAAUCCAUUUCAGGAGAUAUUUCAUCGACAGCAUCUCAAGCUUUACUUUUAACACAUGGAAGGGCAUGGGCGAUUUUCCUUGGAUCUACAAACAACAUUAGUGAAGAAAUUUUGAAGGCAUGCUUAGCUGGUGAUCUUAUUGGAACAGAUGAAAAACUUCUUUAUCGGUCAUCUGCUCAUGGGAAGGGCUUAAACAGAUUCUGGUCAAAUGUUGAAGGUUAUCAUGGUCCGUUACUUAUACUUAUUUCUGCUAAUUCUGAAGAUGUCCAUCAGGAUAAUAGCAAAACCAAGAAAUGGAUCAUAGGGGCACUUACCCAGCAGGGUUUUGAGAAUAGGGAUAAAUUCUAUGGAAGCUCGGGGAACCUAUAUGCUAUAAGUCCAAUCUUCCAUGUAUUUUCACCUUCAGGGAAAGAGAAGAAUUUUGUGUACAGCCAUUUGCACCCAACUGGCAAAGUUUAUGAAUCACAUCCAAAGCCUGUGGGAAUUGCAUUUGGAGGAAAUAUUACAAAUGAGAGGAUAUUUAUCGAUGAAGAUUUUGCUAAGGUUACAGUUCGCCAUCAUGCAAUGGAUAAAACUUACCAACCUGGCUCCCUUAUCCCAAUUCAGGGAUUCCUCGCUGUCGAAGCUUCAAUAACAGAAGUGGAAGUUUGGGGACUUGGUGGUAGAACUGCAAAGGAAGUCCAGAAUUCAUACAAGAAAAGAGAAGAACUUUUCACUGAGCAAAGACGCAAGGUUGACUUAAAAACAUUUGCAAAUUGGGAUGAUUCACCUGAGAAGAUGAUGAUGGAUAUGAUGGCUGAUCCCAACAGAGUUCAGCGAGAAGAUCGCUGAGCAAUUGAACACAAAGAGAAACCAUCAUUAUCCUAUUCUUGUUUUAAUAAUAUUCUCCUGCCAUUACUCUGUGUAGCGUAUUUGUAACCAUUUGGAAGAGAUUUGUAAAUUCAGAAAACAAUUUCUUUUUCUGACGUACAUUGGCUGCAUAAAAAUUUGAGAAAUAUAGUUUUUACUGCUUUGCU